AAACGCCAACGCAAAGGAUCAUCUCUCUGUCUUUCUCUCUCUCCUACCCUGUCCUAAAUUCAUUGCACACACUCAUCAAUCUAUCUCUACCCAUUCUCCCUCUUCCUCUUGGGUGGACUAGAUCGCUAAUCAGAGAAGAGAGGGUUAUCCAUGGCGAGUCGACUCGGGCCAGACUCAGCUCACUCCUGCUUCAGCUUUAACUGACCAUCAACGGCGUUUCAUCACGACCCAGGUGUUCAAUUUUCGUUUUUCUUUUUCCAUUUAUCGGCUUCUGAAACCCUAAUUACAAUCUAGAAACUGAUAUCAUGGAACCAUUGCCUCCAAGUCACCAUCUUGAUGACCUAAACUCAGCUUUGACUUGCUGAUUUCUGUGUUUUGGAUGAAGUUUCCGAUUUGGGUUUACUCCAAUUAGGGUUUUUUUUCCCAUAUUGGUUUCUUCAAUUUUGUGGCUGUUUAUGGGUUUUUUAUGGGAGUUCGUUCAUAUUUGUAAUCAAGAAUAGGGUUUUUGAUUUGGGGUUUUGGACUUUGCACCAAAUGAGGAUUUGUUGUUCAAUUUUGGUAUUUUUUAUGGUUCUGUGAUGUGGGUUUCUUCAAUUUUGUGAUGAAGCUAGGGUUUUUUAUCUGGGUUUGUUAGAUUUGUGAUAAAGUAAUAAGCGUCUUGGGUCAAUUUGUGAUGGGCGAGGAGACAUCUGACGCAAUGAACCUUGACCUGAAUCUGGGUCCUGGUCCCGAGCCAGCAUCCGCGUCGAAUGAGCCUGUAAAUUUGGAUGCUUGGAUUGAAGCACCUAUCCACAGAAUUGCGGAACCUGUGGGUAUUAGGGCCCGACAUUGGAGAUGGGCGCACCCUGAAGGGCAAAACAUUUCCAUGGAGUUGAAUCAAUUGAUGGUCAACUCUGGUAAUUCAAGUACAUUACAAGCAGGUGAGGGUAGUGUUACCGCAGAAGAAAGAACAAGCGACGUGCCCAAAAUGUGUGAAAAUAACAAUGGGGUUUCAGAAAAUGAGACUUCAGACAAUAAGGAUGAUGUUGAAAAGGGUAGCGGCAAUGAUGGGAGUUUUUUCGAUUGUAAUAUUUGUUUGGACUUGGCUAGGGACCCUGUUGUAACUUGUUGUGGUCAUUUGUUUUGUUGGCCAUGCCUUUACCGAUGGUUACAUGUGCAUUCAGAUGCAAAGGAGUGUCCAGUUUGUAAGGGAGAGGUAACUAUCAAGAAUGUGACCCCAAUUUAUGGUCAUGGGAACACUAUGCGUGAGCCAGAUGACGACUCAAAGAUCCCUCUUAGGCCUCAAGCGCGGCGGGUUGAAAGUCUGAGACAAACCAUUCAGAGGAGUGCACUUAAUUUUCCAGUUGAGGAGAUGAUUCGCCGUCUAGGAAAUAGAUUUGAUUUGACUCGGGAUAUUGUUCAGCCACUGGAGCCUGAGAAUGCCCGGGAAACAGCAGAAAGAACUAGUACUUUGUUAAAUAGGAUUCUGACAUCUCGAGGACUGCGCAGAGAACAAAAUCCAGUGGCACUUGCAGAUGAUGUUGUGGAUUUAACACAAGGCAGCAUGACUGGCCUUGAAACAGGAGAAAACCGCCGGCUUCAGUUAUUGCAACUUCGAAGAUCACAAUCUCAUAGAGCAGCAUUUUCUUCUUUCUCGUCUGCAUUGAGUUCUGCUGAAAGGUUAGUUGAGGCAUAUUUCCGCAGCCAUCCAACAUCGACAGGUAGAAAUCAAGAGCAGCAGCAGCAGCAGCCUGCACCAGUUGAUGAUAGAGAUUCUUUCUCAAGUAUUGCAGCUGUUAUAAAUUCAGAGAGUCAACUGGACACAGCUGUGGAAAUUGAUUCCAUGGUUUCCCUCUCAACUUCAUCUUCGAGAAGAAGAAAUGAUGCGUCAAGGGUUUCAGACAUGGACAGUGGAGAUUCUCGUGCCCCCCGAAGGAGAAGAUUGAACUGAAAGCAUCUUCUUCACUUCACCAACAGUAUCUUAUAUGUGCUCUUUGACUUUUAUUUUAUUACCCCUUCCCCUCCUAAGUGCCUUUGUAUUACUUCUUCCCAGUUUACUCUCUAGGAAGUAUUCACCUUUUGCCACAACCUUUGUCGUUUCAUUUUGAUGAGGUGAUUAUGGAACUUCCUUAUCUAUCUGCAUGAAUUAUUUGGUUUUAAUUUUCAAUAUAAUGAUCCUCCCUUAACCUAUAAAGGAUCUUAGGCUUCCAAUUUGCAUGGCAAAUCAGAGUUGUACUACUAGUAGACUGGUUUCAUAGUUCUCACUGUAAAUAAACUCAUGAACUUCUUAUGCCAGCGUUCAUUUGCUGUAAUUCUCUAGAAUAUUUAAAA